UUUUUUUUUUUGAAGUCUAUCGCUCAAUCCCCUCCAGCAGACAUACAUGAAUUCCUUACGUAUGCUGAGGCCAGCCGCCAUCAGGGUGGCAUUGGCAUCUCGAGCUCGUAUGGCACAAUCCGCAGUAGUACUCAAGCCCUCUCUGAACAGCACCACACGUAUCAUUACUCGACCGCUGUCAAUCAAGAGCUUGUUUGCCAGCAAGGGCGAUAAUGACCAAAGUACUAGUAUCAAACAGCCUAUCUUGUCCCAAGACAAUUUAUUUCACCCACUGUCCGAGUCACCGAUACCUGAAAUCCGUGACAGAGCUACUAUCAUCAAAAAGUACGGGACAUGCCCUGUAUGCAACGAAGAGCACCACGGCGACCGUGCUUCCAUGCACUCCCCUGAAUUUGAAUGCCCUGACUGUGGACAUCCCACGCAUUGCUGCGAGGAACAUUACCAUAAAGGCAAAGCUGAGCAUGACAAGAUAUGUGGCAUCCUUCGUGAACAUAACGAAGAUGAACAUGACCUUCGUUCCGGCCGACCAAUGAAAGAGUUUGAAUUUCCAAGUGCCCAAGGUUUUGAUGAAGCUAUCAAUAUGGCAAACUGGGAUGUCUUCUUCUAUACCCGAAGUUUCCCGUCCAUGGAUUCCGACAGGAACAUGCGACAUGUCUCCAAACUGCUGACAUAUCCCAUCACAAUUGGUUCUGUAUUGCACGAGUCAUCUCCAUACAAGAAGCAGGUUACUCCCGAAGGCCUCAGAUCGCUUGCAGCUAUUCGCUCUAUUCUUUAUCCUAAGGUUAUAUUGGCAAAGGAUGGUGUUACCAUGCUGAAAACUGAGACGGUGAAUCUCUAUUUACUUGGUGCUAGAGCAGAGUCUACCCUGCCUCCUCAUAUCUGGCUUCAAUUGUCGCACUUGUUUCCCCAAACCCCAUUCCAUCUUCAUUUCAUUGGUCCUGACACGCUUCCUCCUAACCGAGAGCCAUACACGACCUUCUUGAACGAUCGAUUGACUUUUACAUACGACAAUGCUAUGUACCACGACUACCACGAAAAGAUUGGUUCAUUCGACCCAUAUCGUGAUAUAUACUUCCUGUUUGCUCCUGGCAUCGGCCAUCCCGACUCACGUGAAGCAUGGAAGCCAUCCAUUGCUAAGGCAUUGGACACGAAGUGUGCUAUGUUUAUCACUGGAUUCGAUCAGACUGAUGUACAAACGGAUGUCAAGGCUGUUGAAGAGGAUCAUGGGGAAGAUUUUGAUUGGAUUUUGAAGCCGACGGAGAAUCACUUCAAGAGUCUCAAACAUGACAUCAACUUACAGGAUCUAACUCAGGCAAUAUGCGCAAAUUGGGGUAUCUGGGGUAUUCGAGGAAAGCGAUAUGAAGUUACUCAUAAUCAAGAAGACGACUAGACUGUAAUUAUAUUAAGAAAAGAUCUCAAUGACAAUGUAAAAAAAGCGUAAUGUUGGAUAGACAAUAAACUGGAUGGUGACGCCAUUCCCUUUUUUCCAAAUUCUUA